UAAAAAUGGGUAGCAAUAUAAUGAGAAGCAGCUGUUUUGAAAGUGGCUGCGAAUGAAGAGGAUCGAAUGUCACUAUAUUUCAUAGCCGAUGCAGAGUAGAUAUUUAAUAUUUCAAUAUUUAUUUGUGCAACAGAAGAGAGUAAUGGCAAGAUCGAUGAGCAGCAGAGAGCUGUAUGUGUUUUGUGGAAAGAUAAUCUAAGUAGUGAAACACAGAUAGAGAACGUAAACAGAUAAGAAACACAACUCGUAACAGCAUAUGAUGCACAGUACAUAACGUAAGCAAGGGUAUCGCGGAGGUGGGGAGACUGAUCUCAUGAGCAAGACAUUAAAUCGAGCUUCACGCUUGCAGUCCAACCAGCAAUCGUCGUGAGAACGCUUCAUCAAGAAUGUACGCGAUUGAAAGGCUCGUGCUGAGAAAAGGCAACUCGUGCUUUGGAUUGAAAUGGCCGGCCUCUUGUGUCAGUGAUAAAUCAUACCACAGCGAAAAUGGAGUUUACGGAUACAAACCGAAACAACGAAAACACUUUGAAGUGUCAAAAAAAUACCUGGAUGAAAGAGCGAGACAGAGCAACUUUUACAGAUUGGUUAGUGCAUAUAGAACUCAUGGACACAAGCAAGCAGAUAUAAAUCCCAUUUCAACUAGCAAACCACAGCUAUUAUCUGAAUUGCAACCGAAAAACUUUGGACUAAAUUUACUGGAUAGAGUCCGUUUUCGAGGGAUUCUGUUUACACAGCAAGAUGAAGGGACAGUGGAAGAAGCCAUUCGAUUUUUACAUGCUACCUACAGCGAUAGCGUGGGAACAGAAUUUAGUCAUCUUGAGACGGAAGAAGAAAGGGAAUGGUUCGCUGAAACAGUGGAGACAAUUUUAGCCGAGCCAUUGAGCAAUGAAACGCGCGAAACGAUAGCUACGGAAAUGCUCAAGAGUCAGGCUUUCGACCACUUUUUGGCCAUAAAAUUUGUCAGUCUAAAGAGAUACGGAGGAGAAGGAGCCGAGAGUAUGCUGGCCUUUUUUCACGAGUUUUUCAAACUAUGUGCCUGUGAUAAUUUGGAACGCGUGAUUAUUUGCGCUGCACACCGCGGCCGUCUCAAUCUAUUAACGGGACUGCUGAACUUCCCACCAGAGAAAUUAUUUUGUAAAUUGCAAGGGCUUUCUGAAUUUUCGGAUGCGACCAAGUGCACCGGAGAUGUGAUUAGCCACCUCAUAAGCGCCACUGAUCUUAAUGUAGGCGAGAAAAGUCUUCACGUAACCAUGCUACGAAAUCCAUCGCAUUUGGAAAUAGUGAAUCCCGUGUCGAUGGGAAAAACGCGAGGAGUUAUGCAGGCGGUUAAAGAAGCCGCGUACGGCGAUAAUGAAGACGCGCAAUGGAGCGAUAAAAUAAUAAACAUUCAGGUACACGGAGACGCUGCCUAUCCGGGACAAGGGGUUAAUCAGGAAUGUUUAGUUUUAAGCAGAACGCCGCAUUUUGAAAUUGGUGGUACAAUUCAUUUGGCAAUUAAUAAUCAAGUAGGCUUCACAACUCCACCUUCGAGGGGUCGAUCAUCAAGAUAUUGCACAGAUUUAGCGAAAACUAUAUCUGCACCAGUAAUUCACGUGAACGGUGACAAUCCUGAGAUGGUUAUACGAGCUGCGAGAAUAGCCUUUAAAUAUCAACGACAAUUCAGAAAGGAUGUAUUCAUUGAUCUAAAUUGCUUCAGAAGAUGGGGCCACAAUGAACUGGAUGAUCCCACGUUCACAAACCCUCUCAUAUAUAAAAUUAUACACAACCGUCCAUCUGUACCAGAUCGAUAUGUGGAGGAGCUGGUAGAUCUCAAUAUACUUUCUCGAGAAAGUGUUAAAAAUACCGUUGAAAGUCACACGGCGUGGUUGAAUAAGAUCCUAAAAGAAUCUUCAAAGGACGCAUCUUCGGGACAGUCAACCUCUUAUCUUGCUGGAAGAUGGACGGGAAUGAAACAAGCUGAAGCCAGUAUAACGCAGUGGGAUACCGGCGUCGAGCUGGGCCUGUUACGAUUCGUGGGAGAAAAAAGUGUUCAAGUGCCACCGAAUUUCGAUAUUCAUCCACAAUUAUUGAAGACUCAUGUUCAAAAUCGUCUAAAAAAGAUCGAGAGCGGUAACGCAUUGGACUGGUCCACUGCCGAAGCGUUGGCUAUCGGUUCUUUACUAUAUCAAGCAUACAACGUGAGAAUAAGCGGGCAGGACGUGGGUCGUGGCACUUUCUCGCAGAGGCACGCAAUGCUCGUUGAUCAAUCUACAGGAGAUAUUUGCAUCCCUCUGAAUUCGAUGGUUGACGAUCAAACUGGCAAAUUGGAGGUGGCUAACAGCAUUCUAUCCGAGGAAGCUGUGCUAGGCUUCGAAUAUGGUAUGAGCACAGCGUCGCCGUUCACGCUGCCCAUUUGGGAGGCGCAAUUCGGGGAUUUCUUCAAUGGGGCUCAAAUCGUUAUCGAUACGUAUAUAACGAGCGGCGAAGCAAAGUGGAUGCUGAGCAGCGGCCUAACAAUGCUUCUGCCACACGGAUACGACGGUGCUGGUCCGGAGCACAGUUCAUGUAGACUCGAAAGAUUCCUACAGUUAACGGACAGCAAGGAGAACGGCGUCGACGGCGAGGACGUCAAUAUGCAUAUUGCGAAUCCCAGUGAACCGGCACAAUAUUUCCAUUUGUUAAGAAGACAGAUGAUAAGGUAUUAUCGGAAGCCUCUGAUAGUGGUGGCACCUAAAAUUUUAUUACGUCAUCCGGCAGCAGUGUCACCCUUGUCGGAUUUUGAGCCUCGGACGAGCUUCAAAACCAUUAUUGGGGAUAAUAAAGCAGAAAAAUGCAACGUAACUAAAAUCAUUUUAGUUAGCGGUAAACAUUAUUACGCACUUGACAACUAUCGAGAAACUUCUGGCAACAAGAAUGCAGCUAUUAUUAGAGUAGAAAAUUUAUGUCCAUUUCCUGUCCACGAGUUACUAGAAGAGAUUACGAAAUACGAGCAUGCGAAAACCUUUAUUUGGAGUCAAGAAGAACCACGAAAUAUGGGCGCAUGGAGUUUCAUUAAACCACGUUUUGAGAACUUGUGUGGGCGGCAAUUGAAAUAUUGCGGUCGAGAACCGAUGGCAGCACCAGCUGUUGGAGAUGGAAAAAUGCAUCAACGAGAAGCUAACGAAGUUAUAGUUAAACCAUUUACAUUGAAAUAAAAUUUAGAAGAUUCUACUUUAAUAAAUUCAUCGCGUACAUCUCCUAAAUAUACACUCAAUAAAAGUGGUCUUAAAUGAUUUCAUUAAUAAAGGAAGUGUUAUGGAAAUACA